GUUGGAUCCUCAGGUGGACGCAUCGUAGUUUUUAUAAGUUAGACUAAAGUUUUCUCCAUCUUCCAACAAAAUGAAAAUCUGGAAGGACGUUUUCACCGGUGACGAGAUGUUCUCGGACACCUACAAGCUGAAGCUGGUUGACGAUGUUAUGUAUGAGGUCUAUGGCAAGCACGUCUCCCGCACCCUGGGUGAUGUUCAGCUGGAUGGUGCCAACCCCUCCGCUGAGGAAGCCGAAGAAGGAACCGACUCCGCGACCGAAGCUGGCGUGGACAUCGUCCUGAACCACCGUCUGGUGGAAACCGGAUUUGCGGACAAGAAGCAGUUCACUACCUACCUGAAGGAUUACAUGAAGAAGCUUGUCACGCGUCUGGAAGAGAAAUCACCGGACCAAGUGGAAGUCUUCAAAACCAACAUCAACAAAGUAAUGAAGGAUCUGUUGGGUCGAUUCAAGGACUUGCAGUUCUUCACCGGUGAAUCGAUGGACUGCGAAGGCUUGAUCGCCAUGAUGGAAUACCGUGAUAUCGAUGGCGAAUCCGUGCCGGUGCUGCUCUGCUUCAAGCACGGUCUGGAGGAAGAGAAAUUCUAAAUCAGGCAGCGUUUUCUGUUCGGCUGAGAAUGACUGGUGUCGAAACGGAUUGGCCUAUUUUUCAAUUUUUUUAUAAGCUUCAAACGACCGAUACAUAUACACACCACACAUCCUGCAACAGAAGACUUAUGACCAAACUCAACAGCGUAUUUAUUGUAAAACCAAAAGUGCGUUUUUCGGGAUAAGAGAGGGAGAGAGAGUAACAACUGAGGACAUUUUAAAUUUAUUUGAAAGUUUUUAAAUUACCAUUAGCAUUUGUAAAGGCAAGGGCAAUGCAUUGUUUCCGCGAUUUUUUCCUAACGAAUGCUAAACGCUACGUUCAAUCACGAUCGUGUGAAAACUUAUCAAUACUCGCCCCUUAACUGCAAUUACGUUACUUUAUCAAAUAUUCGGGAUCACGGUAGCAGCUCGACUAAGAACAUCAAGAGCGCAAAAACGACCACACCAGGCGUCAUGACUUCUUGGAAGGUGGAGAAAAGAAAAACUACACGAUUAUACCUUCUCCUGCAAGAUUAUACUCCUUUGAAACAUCAAAAUCAAGCAUGAACGAACAUCUAAUAAAGAAGAGAAAAUUA